UUACAAGAUGUAUGCAAGACUAAAAAUUUGCUGGAUUUCAAAAAACAGAGCAAUCAGAAAGGAAAAUCCCCAGUUGGUGAAGUAUACUCGUAUUACAACUAACAUAUUUGGUCGAUCUCUGGGGGCUGCGGAGUAGCGACUGGCGAGGUUAGUCAUAACAACGUUGCCAGAUGGUUGGUACUGUCGGAGGAGAAAUUUCGAGAUCGCAGCGU